GAGAUAGUUUUGACUUGAUGGAUGGAAUACUCGGCAUGAGUUUAGCUCCCUCUGUAGAUGAAGGAGGUGGAAGAUUAUAUUAUCAUGCAAUGUCUAGUCCCACAGAAAAUUGGGUGUAUACGUCGUAUCUCAGAAAUGAAACACGUUUCUCGCAGAAUCCAGAAUCCUCUCCAGAAAUUUUCAAUACUUACCGUCUAGAUAGAAGGACCCAAAGUGCUGCCGAAGCUAUCAAUAAGGAUGGAGUUCUGUUUUUCGGGUUGAUGAGCGACAUAAAAAUUGCAUGCUUCAAUAUCAGAGGAGAUUAUGGUGAUUGGAGAAGUACGGACAUUGUCGCUGAUAAUCCGAUCACUUUACAGUUUGUUAGCGGAAUGAAGGUAGUCAAAAACAGAAAGGGAGUGGAAAAAUUGUUAGUGUUGACAUCCAGAUUCCAAAAAGUGGCAAAAGGAAUUUUAGAUACGUCUGAAAUAAAUUUCCGAAUCCUAGUUGCCGAUGUUGAUACCUUGAUAUAUAGAAAGAAUUGUGGAAAACAAAAUAUAUGGAAAGAAUAUGGUGUUUUUUGGUAACUUCACGAAAAUUUAAAUAUGAAAAUGCAUUUUUAUAUGAAACACUCUUUUUUCAUUCUGGUUUUAUCCAAUUUUGUUAUAAUCAAUCCAUAAUUGAGUUUUUGCAGACGAAUUUCACCUGUAAAACUAUAAAAUACAGAAAUAU